CGAAACGGCGGUCGGCGCGGCGGUUCUUGUUGUCUUCUGGAUGUGGUUUUUCAAAGCACCCAAGUAUAAGUAAAACGGACUGGCACCUGCAAAAGGUCGUCUCGUCCACACGAAAAAGAUGAAGGUAGUUCUGAAUUUGCUUCUCUCCGACCUGGCCAGGGUGAUUUUGGUCGCGGUCGCGUCCAAUUACGACCCGAAGGAUAUCACCGACCUUUGGGCGGGUCGGAUCUUCAACUGCGACAGCCUGGCGCAUAUGCUCUCUGAGCGACCGCUUUUCAGCUACCUGCAGUUUGAAGACGUACUGUUUCGCGACAUGGUGAUGGGGUCGGGACUGUACAACGAUCCCUUGCUCGCGGCAGAGGAACUCUGGAAGUACUACAACCAGACUGCUACAGUACUAUGUUAGAUUUUGCGAACUCAAUUUUGAAUCUGGUGGAGACGUACAAGCUCUUUUCGUGAUAGCGCGAUGCAUGAAUUAAAAAGAUUCGUCGACUGCAGCUUCUCCCAAACCUUUUCCCAUCCAAACACAGAGACGACCCGGACUAUUAUUACGUCCGGACUGGGCGCGAAGAACCCGAAGACGACUUCGCUUUGAUGCGGCGGUGGACAAACCUCCUCCACGCCGACCACUUCGCGUACUACCGCGGCGUGAUGCGCCAGGAGCUGCAACGGGUCAAGGCUAGGGAGCGGCGGAUUCGGCUGGAGGCGAAAUUGACGGCCGGCGAGGUGGUCAACAGCGCGGAGUAUAUGCGCUGUGUGAUGGACAGCACGAUCCCGUCGCAGAACAUGUACGUAGACGGGCAAACGGGCGGCGUUUCUUCGGACCUGCAGGCGCAGGCGACGGAGUUUCUUACCUACACGAGCAACGCGGCAACCGUCGUGAACACGAACUCAGAGUUUUACUACACGGAGGCCGGCGAAAAGCGGGCCAUGCGGAAGCAGAUUUGCGAGCCGGCGGAGGACGAGGUGUUCAUCUGGCACCGCGACACGGCGGACGACGAAAUCGAUGGUGUGUCCGCGGACUGGCGGCUGGAAUUCGUGCAGCACUUGAAAAGGUUGUCGCCGUUAACCGCCUGGACGAACAUGCAGUGCCCGUCCAUGAUGGAACUGUUGUCGCAGGAUCUGGAAUCGUCGCAGCGAAAAUCCCGACUGUCGCCGACCGACCCGCGCAUGCGCGACGUUUCGGUGGUGGAGAAACAGCUCGGCGCCGACGCGCAUCUCGCACUGUUGACCGAUGGUGUGUGCUGGAACGUGAUCGAGAGCGUUUUGCUCUUGUUGGCAAAACACCUACCCUUUAUCUUCCUCGGACACGGGUUUUACGAGCUGACCAGGGAACGGAACUACAGAAGUUUGGACGAAGGCGCGGUCGUGUCCUACAUGGAGAAAAUCGCAUUGAAGAUUUUCUUGCUUACCAGGUUGCACGCCCACAUGAAUGAUUUGGGAAAAUUAGAGAAAGUGCAAAAGCGGAUGUACCACCAGCACCACAUGCAGUACUUUAUGCUGUUUCCACCGCAAAGCAGCGCUGGCAACGAGGGGAAGCUUCCGCUCGUCCAGUUUUCCCCGGUCCGUGGACUCUCGCCCUUGCUGCUGCGUCCGCUGUUCGCAAGUCUGGCCCACAUCGCAAAGCGGAAGAGGCAAAGAAGGUUCCGCCGCUGCCUGUUGGCUUCGAUUCUGGACAUCGAUCUGAAAAAGGUUGCAGCCGCUACGGAAGAAAGAGUCGCCAAGGAGCAGCGCACGCAAUCCAGAAAUCAGCGACGCUACAAGGGCGCCCAGUUCGCGGCCUGGGAGAGUCGCAGCAUGGCCGGGCGCUCGGAUUACAAUGUGCAAGACGCGCCGACGGAAACCAUUCAAUGGUCCCAGUUCAUCGAGACGCCGGAGUGGGCGCUACUGGACGGGUAUCCGGACAGCGUCCGGGAGAUCCUGCGCCAAGCGCGGUUCAUCAACUACGAUGUGUGUGCGCGGGCACCGACAGAAGAGGCGAUAGAAAAAGCGAAAAGCGACUGGGGUCUCGAAGAACACAUAAGGGAUAGCUGCAAACGCUUGGACGGUGGUUCCGCGCGACUGCAGCAGCACUGGAAAGCUUUCGUCCUUCGCGAGCCGUUGGCCCUGGCGGAACCCGAUGUCGCCGCAAUUCGGUCUGCAGCUGCGCAGCACAUCGGUGAGGCUGCAGUGGACAUGGUUUUUCCAGCGCUCCGGCUGGGUGCGAACGCUCCUGCAGAAGCAGCGGUCUCGACAGAUGACUCUGAACUAGAAAAACGAGAAAGAAGGAGCAUCGAGGACGUCGGUUUGUUCCUACACUUUGUCCACGAACGGCUACUGUCCGCUGUGUCCAAUGCAGCAACUAGCGACGUGCUUGAGCCGAAAGCCGAAGACGCCGCUGUGCAGCAAGCGGGAAAUAUCGUGUUGCGUUUGCUCGAAGUUUUCGUCGCCGGCAGCAAGGGAGCGCCGAUUUCCCCCAAUCUGGACGCAGACACGCCGGCGUCGUUGCUAGAGGAACUAGGUGCCAUCGCUCCAGAUUUAGAAUUUCAGGAGGCAGAUCGAACGACCGCAGCUGGUUCUUUUAUCGUGAACGACACCCACGGCAUUCGUGGUCACCACCAACACGCGCUGAGCUCUUCUCGACACAGUCCGAAGUUUGUCGCUUUGCUCGAAACACCGAUCUUUCCGUUCUUGGACAACAGCUUUCGGGCCGUCAGGAUGCAGAACGUCAAGAUUCCGAAUGCAAACAUCACCCUCCCAUACCGGCACACACAGCCAAAGAAGGAGUUCUCAGGAGUGCUCCCCGCCUUCUACGUGCUGCAAGAGCGAGAUCUGAUCGCCGACCACGUGCGCAAGCUGCAGGUGGUGGAUUGUCCCGUGGCGAUCCUGGAGGCGCUGCAGAAAUUUCCGGUGGAUUUCUUCUUCGAAGUGGGCGGGUAUUUUGGCGACUGUGUGGCGUCAGCUGCAUACCUUCGUUUAGCAAAGCGGGGCGUUUUCAACGUGGACGGCAGCAGCGCAGCCAUCCAAGCGCUGCAGAAGACCUUCCGGGCGCUCCGAGCGGAGGGUGGUAUGAAACACUUUGCGAAACCCAGUGCGGCGCCGAGUGCUGAUGAGGAAGAGGCAAGAAAAGACGACAAAGACUACGUGUUGCACUCGGAAGCACAUUUUGUGUCAGAUAAAAACGGUUUCUUUCGCCGUACGGAUUCGGGAACAGGAAGCGCUGGCCCAAACGCACUCACUGCUGCUGCGUGGGAGCCCUGCGAUCCCAGUGGAGAUGCAAGCUCAAAGACUGUCGGCUGCGAUACGAGUUUUGUCACUGUCGAUGCCCUCCUGGCUCGCUUUUUCGGACAAGUUGUACCGCAGAGUUUGAUGGAAGGAUCUACUACGACUCCCCGAACCGUCGCAAUUCGCAUCAAGGUGUCGGGCGCCGAUGAUGAGGUGGUGCGGGGCAUGUUAGGUAGCUUGAGUUUGACCAGUCCCUUCACUGUAAAGUGGUUGCAUAUACACAUUGUGCCAUGGUGCAGUAUUCACAAUCACAAGGAUUGCGUGCGGGAAAUAAAGGAAAGAAUAGCAGAGUACGGAUUUGCUGUGCACACAGAGACCAUGUCUCGACCGCAGUACUCUGCUGCGAAAAUGGCUGAUAUCCUUGCAGUAAGGACAGAACAAGCUGCUUGAUGCGUAUAUGGAAAGAUGCAGCGUUAGCAUGCAAAACCAAAAGCAAAGGCGAAUGCAGAGCC